UAGCUACCUCGCCUGUUCCCCGCCCCGGCGAGAGCGACGAGGAGGAGGGGGCGAUGGGGACUAUGACGAUCAGCGCCAAGUACAAGACCACGGUCAGGGACCCCGGCACCAUCGGCAUCCUCCGGAUGAGUGAGGAUAAGCUAACAUUUACUCCUAACGAUCCACGCUCUCUAAUGAAGCUCAAUGUCGAUUUCCGGACCAUCAAAGGUCACAAGUUCAACAAAGUAGAUGGGAGCAAAUCAACACCACCAUUAUUGAAUCUUUCAAAAGAUUCUGACAAGGGCGGUGGCUACAUGUUUGAGUUUGAUAACGUUGGUAGCCGUGACUCAUGCCGCGACUUUGUAGCUAGGGUUUUAGGCAAACAUCAGGGUAUUGUACCUCCUAGACCAAAUGCACCUCCUGAAAAAUCAGUUGCGUCAACUGGUCCAGAUCAGCUCAGUUCUGCCGAAAUGGAAAGACGGAUGAAAUUGCUGCGAGAAGACAGUGAAUUACAGAAGUUACAUAAGAAGUUUGUUCUUGGAAAUGUUCUGCAAGAGUCUGAAUUUUGGGCCACAAGGAAGAAUUUACUUGAUGAUGAAGCAAGCAAAGCAUCAAAACAAAAGCCAGGUUUCAAAAGUGCCAUGCUAGCUGAUGUUAGGCCAUCCGCUGAUGGGCAGACGAAUAAGGUUACUUUCAGUCUGACUACUGAGAUUAUCCAUCAGAUUUUUGCAGAAAAGCCAGCCGUGCAUCGGGCAUUUUUAGAUUAUGUUCCAAAGAAGUUGUCGGAAAAGGACUUUUGGACAAAAUACUGUAGAGCUGAGUAUCUACUUAGGACAAAAAAUACUUUAGCGGCGAAAGCUGAGGCUGCUGAAGAUGAGGAAUUAGCUAUGUUCUUGAAAAAUGAUGAUAUACUUGCCAAGGAGGCAAAGCUCAAGAUAAAACGAGUAGACCCAACCUUAGACAUGGAGGCAGAUGCAGGGGAUGACUACAUCCAUCUUGCGGAUCAUGGGAUUCUCCGUGAUGGCAGCAGAGAGACAGUUGAUGCUGAUAGUGAGUUGGCUGGGAGAACGCUUUCUCAGGAUCUGAAUCGGCAUGCUGCUGUUGUUCUUGAAGGGAGAUCAACAGAUGUCGAAUCAACUGAUACGAAGACUGUGGCUGAAGCACUUGCAAGGUCCAAGAAGGAACCACCUUCAAGUUCUGUUUCUGAGGAUACUAGUCAUGAGAGAUCGUUAAAGGUGGCCCGCAUGACUGAGAUAGAGGAUUUGCAAGCUCCACGAAGUCUCCCAUAUGCACCACUUUGUAUAAAGGAUCCUCGAGAAUAUUUUGAUUCCCAGCAAGCAAAUGCUCUGAGACCUUUAGGUGGCAGUAAUGAGGGAAGAAAGGCCCGCAGCUGCAGCCUGAGUACAGAUGACGCAUUCCGUCAUUUGAUGGAUCAAAUGUCUUUGAUAAAAGAUAAUAAAUUGAACAUUCCAGUUCUUCAGUCAGAUGUGGCCCUUAAGGUUCUUAAUGAAUUGAACGAAGGAAUUUCGCGUUCGCGGAGGCUUAAUCUGAAGAAUCCACAAGACAGUCUCCUUGGUCAUCUUCCACACCGUACGCGAGAUGAACUUAUGGAUCAUUGGACGGCUAUCCAGGAGUUGCUGCGCCAUUUUUGGUCAUCAUACCCUAUAACAACCACAGUCCUUUAUAAUAAGGUUCAAAGGGUGAAGGACGCAAUGACACAGAUAUAUCAGAAGUUACAGGAUAUAAAGGAAUCAGCACAGCCUGAUGUAAGACAUGAAAUAUCUCAGCUUGUGAAGCCCAUGACCCAGGCGCUGGAUGCUGCCUUCAGCCAUGAUCUCGAGCAGCAGCAGAAAUCUUCAAAGGUUGGGAGCAGGCCCAACGGGUUUUGAGCAGAGAACGCCACACAAUAUGGAUUCGACUCGAUUACUCUUGGAGCGCGAGGGCCGCUGCGCCCACGAGCUCUAGCCGGAUUGCUGUCCCAUUUAUGAGCUUGCAUUUCAAGAGGCACCCCCCGAGGCUCGAUUUUGCCCUGUUGUUUUAUUUAUUUACAUAAAUACACGUGAUGCAAGGAACAUCCUGGACAUGCCAAUUUUGUAUUGCGUGUUGGUUGAGGCAUGUACCUGGGGCAACCCUCACGGUUGCAAUGUGCAAACGAUUAUACAGGAGAAGAAAAUCCUAAGAAAAGGACAAUUACAACAUAUAUAUACGCUGUUUGUACCUGGUG